GGAUAGUCCAAAAACUAAGGUUGUGCCUGAAAAUAUCUGCUUGAGUUUCUAUCAAAAUAACGAAUUUCUAAAAUUCGAAACCUCAUCUUUUUCAAAUUUGUAACGGAUAAUAUGAAUUCAAAAAUUUCAUCAGAAAAAAAUAAUAAACAAAAGGCGUGGAUCCAUAAAAAAUUAAUUUUAGCACAUUUAUAUUCGGGUAUCUGGUUUUAUAACUAUGCACAUUCCAAAAUGCUAAACGUAAGAAUCAAUGGAAAAGUCAAUUUAAAUCCUCAUUUUGAGCAGGAAGAACGUACAGCUAUGAUGACACAAAAGUAUCAAGCUAAACUGGAUGCAAAACAAUUGAAAAAGUCAAAAAAUGAUCCGUACGAGACAAUCAAAAUAAUUCAGAAGAACUUAAUUAGUGAUUUUGAUGAAAUUAUUGCUGAGAAGAGAAUUUAUGCUUACUUAAUGCAUACAGACAUUAAAAGUCCAUUAUAUCACAUUGAAAAACUGUCGGAACUUAUUGGAAAAGCAAAAGCAAUCAUUAAGUCAAAAGUUUAUAAAAUUGACCGUAGGACAGCAUUACAAAAGGCUAUUGAUCUAUUUAACAGAGUAAAGGAUCGAUUAAGUUCAGGAUUACUUGACGAUUUAAAAAACUCGUCAUAUAAACGACAAAUAAGUGAAACUCCUAGUCAAUAUGAAAAUUCACCGCAGCUUGAAAGGAACUUUUCAGCACAAGAAGUCUUUAGUCGUCAUAUUCAAGAUUCAAUCUAUUUAAAUCGACAACGAUUAGGAAAUGAUGAUCCUGACAACCUCUCAGAACCUUCACAAAAAAGUGUAUCUGAUUCUGGCGACGAAAAAGAUUAUUGUGAAAAUGUUUGGUCUAGAAAUCAACCAUCUAGCACAUCAACUCAUUCAUGUCAAUCGAUGCAAGACAACAAUUAUGAUCCUUGGAAAAAUUAUGGAAGUACUCAAAACGUGUGUCAUGCAACUCCUUGCAUUUCACCUCCUUUACCGACAGUCACACCGCUUUAUACGAAUCAUAAAAGUAUUAUUUCAGCUACACCUUGUAUUUCACCACCAUUGCCUCGUGUAACUCCAUUAUGUUCAAAUUGGAAUGUGCCUCGUAUGCCUCAAAAAUCAUCAUUUUCUGAAAAAUCUACAUUAUAUGAUGAUUUAUUUUAUGGACAUGCUCCUACUCCAAAUGUUAAUUCCGAUGAGAUUGAAAGUAUUCAGGCAACAUUAGAAGGUCUGGGUAAUUUUGAAAAUUAUGAUGGAAAGUCAUCAAACUCUAAUGAAGACAGUGAUUCUGGCACUAAACAUUAUUAUUAUGUUGACGGAGAAUUGAGUGAAUUUAAACAUCCAAAAAAUAAACCAAAUCAAAGCAUUGACAGCACAGAAGCAUCAAAAUCUGGAAGUGACGAUUGGAAUAUCCUCAAAUUGACUCAAGAAAAUUUAGCAAAAUUCGAAAAGGCGUUUAAUCCAAUUAAGAAGCUUGCAGAUCAAAAGGUUAGUAAAAUGUUCUUGGAUGACCUCGACAAAAAACUUAAAUUAAUAUCUAAAAAGGUUGAAGCCACUAAACGCAAGAUCGAUGAAGUUGAUAACAAGAAAAUAGACAAUCGCAUUCCAAAAAAGACCAAGACUGAGCCAAAGAAAGUUAAAAAGAUCAAGUUGAUCCGCGAAAAGAAAUUGUAUGUUAAGGAAUCACCAGAAAUUUACAAGAUCCUAAAAAAGUAUAAGAAGUAAGUCGCAAGUUAUCUGCUGGAAUUAAGUUAACUUGAAGAAAUAUGAAUAUUAAGGAAAAUAACUGAAUAAUGAAUUUAAUAUAAUGAACUAUUUUUAAUUCUGAAUAAAGGAUUUUAUUUUAUUUUUAA